GUUGUGAUUACGUCCAACCAAACGGUUAAAUUAGAGGCUGAGACUUCAUACAACAAAUAAUAUUAAGAAAGGCAACCGGCUAUGACCACCGACACGGAAGAUGCCCCCAAAGGGCUCCCCCCCGGGGUAUACCGGUCCCAGAUCCCCUUCUGGCGACUCCUCACCGACCAAGCAGCCAUCACCCAAGAAGUGCUGGAAUACGAAUUCCCCGGCAGCGGCACCGACGACGACCCUUACGUGGUCUCAUGGAUCCCCAAUGACAACCGCAACCCCAUGCUGUUCAGCCUCGGCCGGAAAAUUGCCAUCACACUCAUCGUGGCCUCAUGCACCCUCACCGUAUCCCUCACUUCCUCCGUCUACAGCGGCAGCAUCAGCGAAAUCACCGCCUACUUCUCCGUCAGCUCCGAAGUGGCCACCAUCGGACUCUCCCUCUUCGUUCUCGGCUUCGCUGUAGGCCCUCUCCUCUGGGCCCCCUUCAGCGAAGUCUUCGGCCGCCAACUCCCCUUCUUCUUCAGCUGCAUGGGUAUGGCCGCCUUCUCCGCGGGCUGCGCCGGCGCCCAAAACAUCUGGACCCUAUGCAUCCUGCGCUUCUUCGCCGGCGCCUUCGGCUCCGCCCCCUUCACCAACGCCGGCGGCACCAUCUCCGACAUGUUCACAGCCCGCCAACGCGGCCUCGCCCUCAGCCUCUACGCCGCCGCCCCCUUUUUGGGGCCCGCCAUCGGGCCCAUCAUCGGCGGGUUCCUGGGCAUGCGCGCCGGCUGGCGCUGGGUCGAGGGCUUCCUUGCCGCCCUAGCCGGAUUCAUCUGGCUCCUCAUGACCCUAACCAUCCCAGAGACAUACGCACCACGUCUCCUGCGUCUCCGCGCAGACCGACUCUCCCAUCUCACCGGCCGCGUCUACCGCAGCAAAAUCGAGCUCGAUAAGGGCAAGAUCUCCCUCCCUCGACUCCUCAAACAAACCAUGUCCCGACCCUGGGUCCUUCUCUUCCGCGAACCCAUCGUCCUCCUCUUCGCCCUCUACAUCGCCAUCGUCUACGGAACCCUCUACAUGUUCUUCGCCGCUUUCCCAAUCGUCUACGAAGACGUCCGUGGCUGGAACCCAGGCGUAGGCGGCCUCGCAUUCCUAGGCAUCAUGGUCGGGAUGAUCAUCGGCGUGGCAUGCACCAUCCCCGCCAAUCUCCACUUCAUCAAAACCCAAGAGAAACACGGGGGCUUCGCACCCCCCGAGGCGCGUCUCCUCCAAUGCAUGCCCGGCGCAGUAGCCAUCCCUAUCAGCCAGUUCUGGUUCGCGUGGACGGACGGCCCCUCCAUCCACUGGAUCGUCAGCAUCAUUGCCACCGCACCGUUCGGGUUCGGUGUCAUUCUGAUAUACCUAGGAGUGAUGAAUUAUCUGAUUGAUUCGUAUACGAUCUAUGCGGCGUCGGUGCUGGCGGCGAAUACGGUGCUCAGGUCGGUGUUUGGUGCUAUUUUCCCCAUUAUUGCGACGUAUAUGUACGAUAGAGUGGGGAUUCAUUGGGCCCCGUGUAUUCCGGCGUUUUUGUCGUUGGCGUGCAUGCCAGCCCCGUUUUUGUUUUAUAGGUUUGGGGCGGCGAUUAGGACUAGGUGUAAGUAUUCGGCCGAGUCGGAGAGGUAUAUGCAGAAGUUGCAGGAGAAUGUGGGGAGGAGGUGA